CUCAGUGUUGUUGUUGUUUUUCUACGCUAACGACGCCGACGCCAGCCCAACCGAGCCCGCCGUCGUCUGGUCUUCCAAGACAAUUCACAUUAUUUUCGUGUAUUGCGUCGUUUGCGAGUUUCCACCGCAGCAAUGUCCAUCCCUCUGUUUCCGAGCCUCACCCCUCGCGUCGUCAACCCGGCGUGGUUCAGUGUCGACCGGCCCUGCGACGACGACAACGAGUUGACUCAGCUGGAGCAAGAACACCAGUCCUGGCUUAAUGGAAUUGCAGACAAAGACAAGGAACUUGUCCCCAUUGGCAAACCAGCUACCGAGCAGGAAGAAGAGGAUGAAGAUGAGGAAGAGGACGACAAUGACGAUGACAGCAGCGACAGUCAUGAUGAAGAGGAAGAUGAUGAACUUGACCUGGAUGACUCUUACGAUGAUUCACCCAAUGAUCCUCGGCUAAAUAAUGGUAUGGGUGGAGCAUCUAUGACUCCUGUGCGUUAAUACCUGUAUAGUUUUAAGUAGGCUAUUUAUGUGCUUGUGUCUUCUCAUUUCUUACUUCCUAAUGCUUAUGUUAGUGUAUAGAAAGUGGCCCGUUAGUGUCUAACAAAAUUGUGUAAGUGGCUGAGCAAUUAUAAAACCCAUUUUGUAUAAGAUACAUCCUAUGUUACCUAAAUGCCUUAAUGAGUUACAUUUUUAAGUUUUUAAGUGAUAAAUUAUAAGGUUCGAUGAACUUCCUCUUUCUCAUUUUAGUCUUUAUCAUUCUUCAAUCAUCCAAAGCACAUUUAUGUUUACUUGAAAUUGCUUUGAAUCUUUUUGUUCAUUUUUUUUACUCCUUUAAACUAUUUGUUUUUAUAGAAAAGAUCAUUUUUUUGCUCUGACAAUGUGUCAAUUAUUUUGAAAUCUUGUGAAUACUGUUGAAACUUGAAUAUAGCUAAGCUAUGACAGUUCAUCACAAUCUCAUUUUUAAAAAAUUUACACUGUAUAUAUCUUUGUACUGUUUUCAUAGAAAACAAAAUUUAAGAUUUUUGAAAAACUUUUUCACUUGACCAUUCCUUUCUGUAAAGUCUUCUUGAUUUAUCACCAUAUUAGGUGCAGUUGUCUUCUGCAGUUGUUGCAAUUUUGUAACCCUUCAAUGGGGAUGGAUUAAGUAGUGACUCAUAAAAGGAAAUAAAGUUGUCAGUACAAUAAUAUUUAUUGCCUAGUUUAUACAAAAUGUACAUGUUUUCUUAAAAAUAUAAGCAACAAAAUGGAAAGCCUC